AUGACGCUGAGCCAAGACAUCGGGUACGUGCUGUACUCGGCCCUCGGGUCCUUUUACAUCCCGAGCUGCAUCAUGGUGUUUGUGUACAUCCGGAUUUACUUCGCCGCCAAGGCCCGGGCCCGCCGGGGGAUCCGGAAAAAGCCGCUCAAGCCGCCCAGCGCACAGGACACCAGCUUCACGCGCCCUGCCAACCCAAUGCCGUCGCUUCCCAGUGCCUCUUCCGUGUCGGGGGUCGCGUCCGUCGCCCCGACGGCGGCCACCGUCAACGGCCAGCAAACCGUCAACGCCAACAACAACAACAGCCUUGUGUCGAGCGCGAGCCAGCAGCAGAUCGCCACGAUAGAACCGCCACCGCGGGGCGGACCGAUGGCCAUUCCGACGGUGACGUGCGACUUUGCGUCGGACAUGUCGACGAGCGAGGCGGCCGACCACGACCACGCGGCCAUCAUCGCGGAGAUGAAGGACACGCUGAAGGUGGGGGCGGGCAAAAGCGGCGGGAUUACGUCGUUGCCGCUGCUUCGGGGGAACAACGGGACGGCGGCGGUGACGGCGGGCAGUUCGGUCAGUCCGGCCGGGCGGAACCGGGCCCUGUCGGUGGGCAUCGAGACGGACAUGGUGAGCGAGUUCGAUCCGUCCAGCUCGGAUUCCGGCGUAGUUAGUAGAUGUGCGGUGGUGAAACCGUUGAAGUUUAGGCUGUGUCAACCGAUCUUCGGCAAGCGGGCGGGCAAAGGUCGGAACAAGAACAAUAACGCGGCGGCACGGGGCAACUGUGCCGGCGGGCCAGGUAUGGCCAUGACCAACCAGCAGGCGGCGCUGUCCAUCUCGGCGAAGCAGAACGAUAGUGCGUGCAGUGGCGAGCUGGAACCGGCCCUGCCCAAGCCCAAACCGCGCGAUCCGGAAAAGGAGAAGCGACGGAUCGCACGGAAAAAAGAGAAACGGGCCACCCUGAUCCUGGGCCUGAUCAUGGGCAGCUUCAUCGCCUGUUGGCUGCCCUUCUUCUUCCUGUACAUCCUCGUGCCGGUUUGCCCGACCUGCCAAAUACCGGACUUUGCCUUCUCGCUGGCCUUCUGGCUCGGCUACAUGAACUCCGCCCUCAACCCGGCCAUCUACACCAUCUUCAACAAGGACUUCCGGCGGGCCUUCCGGCGGAUCCUGUUCAAGUGAUGUUUAGCGUACGUGUGCUGCUACCGCUGCGUGUCCCGGAGCAUCGAAAAGGCGACGGAACGGGCGGUCAGCGGUGCACAGUUUGGCGGGGCGGGCUACCGGGGCGGGUACAUGCGAUAGCCGGGUGCCGCCGCCGCCGCCGCUGCGGGGAAGAGGAGAAAUUAAUUAGCCAAGAACAAAAACCCACC